AGCUACGUAGGCAAGGUAUUUGAGAGCAAACGUGAAAGUGCUUUGCAUUUCAUUCUUUGAGUGAGUCCUCCACGGAGGGAAACCUGGGGUAACCAAGCUGCGUCAUAUCCUAUAACGUUUGUGGAGCCGCCGUACCUGAGCGCCGACGAGAGGGCACGAGAGUUCGUUGGGCUUGACGCCGCGCCGUUCGUUGGCUGCACAUUCCUGUGCUCCCCUUCUGCGGGGGAAAAGCGUACGUAACAAGCACCUAACAUACCUCGUGCCAGCGCAGACAUCGAAUCGAGAAGUUCUUUCCAGUGCAGCGAGGCUUGAUUCCCCACACUGCUUGCUGAAUUGGAUAUCGACGGCCACCAACAUAACACACCCACCACCACCGGGAUUCUUUGUUCAACCGCCAUGGAGCCCCAGACCCACGCAGAGAAGCUCGUGCUGCCGCACCCACCGUUCGAGUCACCGGCUUUCCACCUCCUCGCUGCGGCCCUAACCUUUUUGCUGCCCUUCCUGACGCUCGUCUACAUCCACGCAGACUACAAGGCGUUUCUCUCCCUCGGCCCAGGCGGCACACCAGCCACUCCGCUCGGCUACGCCAAAAUCAAACUCCUCUCCAUCCUCUGCCUGCGCGACCCCCUCCGCCCGGCGCACAUCCCCCCACACUUCCGGCCCCAGCGCGGCUACCUUUCCGCAACCUCCCUGCCUACCCGCCCGGGCAGGCGCCCCGUCGUCCGCGGCAUUGCACCCCAGCGCCAACAAACACAAAAGUCCACCUGCGAGAUCUACACUGCGCUGGUCGCCGCGAUGCGCGCGCUGAUCGCGGACCCCGCGAAUUGUCUGCUCGAACGGACGAGCUGCUUCGAGAAGCACAGCUCCGGCAUCUUUGCAAGCACGCCUAUUACAAGGACGUGCGGCGGCGAAGUGUGCCAUGCACACCCCUCCGACGGCAGUCUGCACAUGACGCUGCACCCUGCAGAUGCGAAGAUCGUGCUGGAGCGCGGCUGGGGCGAGCGGCAUCCGCUCGCGCGGGGCGGGUGGUGCCGACGUUUUGUGCCCAAGGAGUUCGUGCUGAUAUAUGCGCCGCGGAGUGUGGAGGAGGUCGGGACGGUGAUGCAGAUUGUGGGGGCGGGCGUGUGGUGGGUUGCCGGCAUCGAUGUACGACGGGAGGGGAGCGAGAGGCGGGACGAGAUGGCGGGAAUGGAGGCGUUUGUUAGGGGCGGGGGUGUGGAUUGUCAUGCGUGUCGGGUGCAUGGAUGCGGUUCGAAGAGCUUGGAGGGGUCGAUGGCUGGGAGUGCGUGAGCUGUAGUACAGAUUGAAAGCGAGACAGCAGAAGAUGUAGAUUGAUGACCGGGAGGUGGGUUUGGGGAUUCUCUGGCGUUUUAGCAAAGCAUAUGUCGGCGCAUGGCGUUGGGGAUACCAGAAUGGCAGAAAGAUAUCCAUCGUACAAAUUCAUUGCAUUUUAAAGGUUCGCCAUCUCGAGGGUAUCAAAACACUCGCUCAUUCCCACUGCUCUUCUCUCCGCACAUCUAUUUCUUCCCACCCGUCUUAACCCACUCCGCGUACUCCUUCCUCUUCCCGC